GUACCAUAAUGCAGAGCGCACACAAGCCGGAGUCGCUGUCUCGAAGUGCGCACGCCGCCGCCGCCGCCGCCGGACUUGCGGCACACGCCAGGGCUCUAAGGACUAACGAUGUCUCCCAAACCCAGAAGAUCGACGAGGCCACGAAGGAAAUGUCGCUGCAGACCUACAACGUACUCAAGACAGCCGAUAUGCUGAGCCAGGAACCAAACAACAUUGCACGGAGAAGGAAACUACUGGACGCGUGCAGACAAUUGAAUGACGCUAUCAAUCAGUUGGUCAAAACAACGACUCAGUCCAGCAGACUGCAUCGCGAGUGUGGCGCUUUAACAAGGAGUCUACAGCUGCAACAAGCCUUGCUUGCUGCGCCGCUUCCAGCCGCUGCACUGCGCUACGGAGACGCGAUGGCCGCGCUGCAGAACCAGCGUGACGUCAUCCAGAAGCUGAGCAACGACGAGGCGAUGUCGCGCGAGGAGUUCGCUCGUACUCUGAGCUACGUGAGCUCGGCCGUGUGCAACUCCACCGAGUACGCAGCGCAGUGCGCUUACUUGCUGGCCAUCGCAGACCAAAACAAGGACGUCGCCACGGAUGGGUUCAUAGAUGCGUCCAGGAUCCGUAGCCUGUCCGAGGCCGUUCAGGACACGUGCCAUCGGAUGAUCCGCACCGAUGUGGAACAGGCCAAAGCAGAAGAAUUAGUCCUCAGCAAGCAGACACAAGACUUGCAGCAGGCAGUAUCCGAGGCCAAGGACCGAAGCAGGGAAGGCCCGCUAAAGGACCGCCUGGCCCACGCUGGGGCUUCCAUCGACUCCGCCGCCAAAGCGUUACAUGCGGCGGUCAAUCAGAAGACUCCUGACAAGGCCAAGCUGACCUCGUACACCAUACGGCUAUUGGACUGUGUGAAGGCAGUGGACGGCGCGGUGGAAAGCGCCUCGUUGGCGCCCGAGGUCAAAAACAUCUCGGCUGACGCUAAGGCACGCAGCGACGAAGUGCUGAAGAAUACCAGGACCCUGAACAACAACAUGGUGUCGCUGGUCCGCGAAGUGAGGGCCGGCGAGGACGAUGACCCCAUGACGUGGGUGACCUUCGGCACCAGCAGGAAAGCUGUCCUGGACGCGUUUGAAGCUCUCUUCAACAGCGUCAAGGAAAAUGGCAAACGCGCUGGUGUCUUGGAAUCGUCGCAAUCUGAUGAUGAGGAGGCCGACCAGCCAAAGAAGAGUUAUGUGCAAAUACAAUUGGACCUAGCAAACAAGUGGCUGGCGAGACCAACUGUGAAGCCAGACGUCAAGACUGCGGGCGAGGAGGCCUCCAGUAACAUCAUCAAGAUUGGAGAACAGUUGGCGGAAGACCUCAAGGAUAACGAGAGGGAAGAAAUGUUACAACUCACGCAAGACAGCAAGGCGCUGCUCACCGACUGCGCGAAGAAAUACGACAAUCAAAAGGCGCGUGCGUUGAUGGAGCGUCUCAAGGAGCUGAAGAAGAGCAUCGAGCGUGGGGUGGUCACGAGAAUUGUUGAAGACUUUCUGGAGGGUCACGAGCCUCUUGCGGAUUUGGACAUCCUCGCCGAAAUCGAGAAAGAUGAAACCAAGCGCAAGUUCCUCCUGGAGCGCAAGAUAGCCGAACUACUGGCACACCUGGCUCGCGUCUCCAAGACCGCUCGCAUCGCGGCCGGCGCCGGCAGCGGCGGCCCGCAGCGGGCUGAGGACCUGAUCCAGUGCAGCGACCAGACGGAACUGCUCGCUCCAAUGCUGGUCAAAGCUGCGCAACAAAGGGUCAUGUCUCCAGAUGACAAGGCGGCCAUAGAGCACUACCAAAAGCUGUUAGCCGAGUACGCGGAGUCUUUGGCCAACAUGCGGAAUUUGUGCGACCAGGCCGUGGACCCUAUGGACUUCGUACAGACUGCAGGAGAGACUAUGCAGCGGUUGCGAGAGGACACUGCCCAGGAGGACGACCCACAAAAGUGUGCCUAUGCUUCUACAGCUAUAACUAAGUUAGCCAACCGGGUCAUCAACGUCAGUAUGUCGUCCAACGACGUCCGGAAAGACCCUGAACUACAGAAGCUACUGAAAGAAGCCAAAGAAAAGUUGAAAGCGACGGUACCGCCUCCAAAUGCGCGCGCCAGCCGCGUUCCAGAUUGGAAAGUCACCACUGCUGAGAUUCUACGCACGACAGGCGAAGUUGAAUCCGUAUUAGGAGGUGAAAUGAUCUUCAACAAACAACAAGGGGCAGAUCAGCCGAUAUUCGCGGCGGCGCGUGACUUGCACUCGGCGGUGCGCGGCUGGUCGGCGCGCGACAACGACAUCGUGGCAGUCGCCAAGCGUAUGGCCGUGCUCAUGGCCAAGCUCUCCGACUACAUGAACACCGACAGGAAACGUGAAGUGCUCUCAACGUCUAAAGCGAUCGUGAUGGAAUCCCAUGAGGUAGCAGAGCUGGCGAGAAAACUCGCAAACGAGUGCACGGACGUUAGGAUCAAAACUAAUCUACUUCAAGUCUGCGAGAGGAUCCCAACCAUCAGUGGCCAGCUGAAAAUGUUGGCUACAGUCAAAGGAUCGUCGCUUGGACAUCAAGAUUUGAAAGAGGACCAAGAAGACAUGAUAAUGUUGGUUGGAAACGCGCAGAAUCUCAUGUUAAGUGUCCAAGAAGUGGUAAAAGCUGCAGCCAGCGCCUCGGUCAAGAUCGAGUCGCAACGCGGCGGGCCGCGCAUGAGAUGGGUGCGGAAGAACUACUACUAGUGAUUAGUAAUCUACUAGUAAUAGGUACAAUACUUAAUGCCAUAAUAAAUAGCAUUAAAUGGAUUGUAAUA